AUGAGUUUCCACAAGGAGGAUGGUGUGGGGAGCCUGUGUCACAAGGCGCUGCAGAUCAUCUCAGAGCUGUGCCUGGGGGGCCAGGUGGAGCGGGAGAAAUGUUCAGGCAUCUUCUUCCCCUUGGAGACCACCAAGCAAGGUAUAGGCAGCACAGACAUCUCAGUCAGUCUGCUAGCAGUAGUCGUCAGCUUCUGUGGGCUCGCCUUGCUGGUAGUCUCGCUAUUUGUCUUUUGGAAGUUGUGUUGGCCAUGCUGGAGAAGCAAACCUCUUAUUUCUAAUACCAGUAAUAUCCCUCAAAGCACCUGUAGUGCUCCCGCUGAGGUUUUUGAAACCAACGAGAAAAAGGAAAUUAAAGAAAAUGGGAAACCUUCAGUGAAGGUACUUGAGGCUGCAAUGAAAAUUAGCCACACUUCACCUGAUAUUCCAGCAGAAGUCCAGAAUGCAUUGAAAGAACAUCUAAUUAAACAUGCACGCAUGCAGAGACAGAUCACUGAGCCUGCAUCCUCAUCAAGGCAUAAUUCUUUCAGGAGGCACUUGCCAAGGCAGAUGCAAGUGUCCAGUGUUGAUUUUAACAUGGGGACAGAUCCGAUUUUACAACGGGGUGAGACAACAACCAGCAUUGGGCGAAUAAAACCAGAACUCUAUAAACAGAAGUCUGUUGAUUCAGAAGACAAGCAAGAAGAUGUGAAAAUCUGUGGGAAACUUAACUUUGCUCUCCGGUAUGAUUAUGAAAAUGAACUCCUUGUUGUUACCAUUGUCAAAGCCUUAGAUCUACCUGCUAAAGACUUUACAGGAACCUCAGAUCCGUACGUUAAGAUUUACCUUCUCCCAGACAGGAAAAAGAAGUUUCAGACACGGGUUCACAGAAAGACUUUAAAUCCUGUCUUUGAUGAAACCUUUCAGUUUCCUGUAGCCUAUGAUCAGCUCAGCAACAGGAAAUUGCAUUUCAGUGUAUAUGAUUUUGACAGAUUUUCUAGACAUGACAUGAUUGGGGAAGUUAUUCUUGAUAACUUUUUUGAAGUCUCUGAUCUCUCCAGGGAAGCCACUGUGUGGAAAGACAUCCACUGUGCCACCACAGAAAGCAUAGAUUUGGGUGAAAUCAUGUUUUCCCUUUGCUAUUUACCUACUGCCGGGCGAAUGACAUUAACAGUAAUCAAAUGUAGAAAUCUCAAAGCCAUGGAUGUAACUGGCGCUUCAGAUCCGUAUGUCAAAGUCUCAUUGAUGUGUGAGGGUCGAAGGCUAAAAAAGCGGAAAACAACUACAAAGAAAAACACACUUAACCCAGUUUAUAAUGAGGCUAUCAUCUUCGAUAUCCCUCCAGAGAAUGUGGACCAGGUCAGCCUCUCCAUUGCUGUGAUGGACUACGAUCGAGUAGGACACAAUGAGGUGAUCGGGGUGUGUAGGACAGGACUUGAUGCUGAAGGACUUGGAAGAGAUCACUGGAAUGAAAUGCUGGCUUACCCCCGUAAACCUAUUACUCAUUGGCAUCCAUUGGUAGAGUUACCUGGCCAGGCAACCAGUUUUGAUAGCCAGGGGUCUUGUUCAUCACCAAAACCACCACCUACACCCUAG